UCUUUUUGGGGUCGUCGUCUUUUGGGUUGUGGGACAAAGAUCUCACCUUGGGAAUUCCCUGGAUCGGAGGUGAGUCCUGGUCCCAAUCCCACGAGAACAGCGUCAAAUGACGCACAAACCAUCAAUCUGAUGAGGUCAGAGGUCAACAACUUCAUCAUUCAUCACAGGCCAGCCCAAAAAAGCACAAAGGUCGAACGGGAGAACGACAGAGUGAAGGAUCACCUUGUAUUCUCAAACAGGAAGGGUGCUAGCUAGUAGAAAGUGCGUUUGAGCAACGGAGGAUAGAGGCAUACAAGGUGCUGAUUUCUUGGUAUACCACCACCCACACUGACAGGAACAGCUCAUAAAGUAAAAACACAAUACCGGUACAUGAGACAACAAGAACAAUGACAAUGCUUCGAACAGCGGCAAAAAUAGGUACUCGAGUGGCAGGUGCUGGAUUGGCAGCAGGAACUGGCUAUGGCUUUUACCUGUACGAAACGGAUGAAGGAUCGGAACGAAUGAUCAAAGUGUACUGGACCAUGGUGCCAGUGGUGAUGAACUACCGACUGUUGGAAGCCAAGCACAAGCUAGUGGGCACUUCCGACGAGGAGUGGGUGGCUCUCGACGACCAUUAUGCCAAGCGAACCGUGGACAAGCUGGGAUCCAUGCAAGGGACGUACGUCAAGUACUGUCAAACGGCGGCUGGAUUUCACAAUAUGUUUUCCGAAGUAUGGAUUCACGAGUUUCGCAAACUGGAGAAUCAGGUUCCUCCACGACCCGUAGAGACCGUUUAUGAGACAAUUCGCAAGGAAACAGGCAAGGAGGUGGAAGAUUUAUUUUCUUACUUUGACCCCGUGCCACUGGGCUCUGCCAGCAUUGGACAAGUCCACAAGGCGGUCUUGAAAGGCACUGGUCGCACCGUGGCUGUCAAAGUCCAAUAUGACGAUGCCGAAAAGCUCUUUCGAGAGGACAUGCAUACGAUUCGAAAUUUUUGCAACUCAUUUGCACCCGAACACAUGGUCACAUUGGGUGCGUUGGAAAAACAAAAUGCCUUGGAAAUGGACUAUCAGUUGGAAGCAGAAAACUUGAAAGACGUCGCCCACAACAUGAGGAAACAUGGACUCAUGCCCCGGGAAGUGGUAGUCCCGCAACCCUUUCCGGAAUUGACCACGAGACGAAUGCUCAUCAUGGAGUACCUGCAAGGACCCAAACUGGGAGAUGGAUUGAGAGACUUCUUUGCCGACUGGGCUACGCAAAAUGGGACCACGCUGGAAGCAUUGGAAGCGGAAGCAAGGCACAGAAUUGAAGAAGAGGGUAUUCCCGACAAGUACGAAGGCGAAUCCGCCCUUACCAUUAGUAUGUAUCGAAAAGCUUUGCAGGCGUACAAUCUGCUGGUCAAAUCGAGUGUCGCACUGUACAACGGCAGCCUUGGAUGGAUCACAGCGCCCAUGGACUGCCCGGAUCCAAGGAAGAUUCCUCCCAACAUACCAAGAAUUGUUGACACCAUGAUGCGGGUGCAUGGAUACCAACUGCUGGCGGAUGGUAUUUUCAAUGGUGAUCCCCAUGGCGGCAACUUCCUGCUGCUACCCGAUGGACGGAUCGGCUUGAUUGACUACGGUGCAACAAAACGUCUGACUAGAAAUGAACGAUUGUCGGCUUGCCUUUUGUUUGCCGCAAUUCAUCGGAACGAUGAAGAAGUACUGUUUGAUAUGUCAAUGACUGGUGGAUACAAGAGCAAGUACGGAAAUAAGGAAGUUCUAAUGAAGCUCAUCCAGUUUGGCUACAACUCGUGGGGAAAGGAAGUGACAGGAGGCAAGAAUCUGCAACAAUUCGUUGAUGAACUCAAAGAAAAAGACCCGUGGACGGAUGUGCCCGAUAACUUUGUGAUGGCUCAGUUCAUGAGUAUCCGACUUCGGUCUUUGGCUCUGGGUAUGAACCACCCCGUGAGAUGUGCCGACUGGUGGGGUCCAAUGGCGGAAGAAGUGCUCAAGAAAGAGGGCCUGCCCUAUGAGAGUUGGGAUAUUGAACAAAUGGAAAAGUACAAGCCAGAGCUGAAUAUGCAGAAACACAAAUGGGGUUUGGACCGUUUUAUCUAAAUGGUGUUGGUUGGCCCCACCCAGAAGCAUCUAGCUAGCUAUUUCUGCGCAUACGGUAUGGGUAUGGUCCUGCUGAAGUUUGCUUCGGUUGCCAUGAAUCUAACUAGCUUGUAGCCGCAGCAGCAAUUCAGAUCGCAGCCACUAGCUAGUAGUAGAGGGUGACAAAGUCAGCCAUCACUGUUUUCGUUGAAGGCAAUAUAAACUAGACAAACAAUGCAGCCACCGGCAACUCUCUUAAUAUCUUGUGUCCACCGCCAUCAUAUCUGCUCCCAGUAGCAACAUUGUGGCGUUGUCCAGGAGUUCCACAGAACCUUCCUUGGUGCGACAGGCUGACCUCCCGUUCCAACAGUUUCGUGCCCCUUGAGUUCCUAGCUAGCUGGCUGGGCUGCAUUCAACAUAUUCGAGAGAAGAAAGCGGCCAGGUUUUUGGAAUAACUUGCAUUUUAACAUCUGAAAACCUAGGAUCCUUCAUCUUUCUGACGUCUCGCAUCCUUCCUUCUUCUAAGACUCUUGGCAGUCGGUGACGGUGGGCGGGUUACGAAGUAUGCACCUUGGUUGGUUGGUUGGUUUGAGUGGAC